AAUUAUCUUACUAUUUCUAAAGAAAUUUCAUUUGAUACUACUAAAUCUAUUAUAAUUGAACUUUAUUGUGAAGAUAUCAAUAGUGAAAAUAAAACUGAUAGUAAAGAUAAAACUGAUAAUAAUUUUAUAAAUGAAGACAAUAAAG